AUGACAGAGUCAGGAUCUUCUCGAUCUAGACCAAAAGGGACCUAUGAUGUCUUUUUGAGUUUUAGAGGAAAGGAUACUCGCAAGAAUUUUACAGAUCAUCUAUAUACUGCCUUAGUCCAAGCAGGAAUCCACACUUUCCGAGAUGAUAGCGAGCUUCCUAGAGGAGAAGAAAUCCCCAAACAUCUACUCAAGGCAAUUCCAGAAUCUAAGAUAUUAAUAGUUGUCUUCUCAAAAGGCUAUGCUUCUUCUAGAUGGUGUCUUAACGAACUUGUAGAGAUUAUUGAGUGCAAAAAUAGGAAUACUGAUCAGAUUGUUCUUCCAAUAUUUUAUGACAUUGAUCCUUCAGAUUUUCAAACACAGAAAUGCAAUUUUGCAAAAGCAUUUGAUAAACAUGAUGACCGAUUUAAAGAGAAGGCAAAGGAGUGGAGAAAAGCUCUUGAGGAGGCCAAAAAUCUAUCUGGAUGGAAUCUCAAUGUUAUGGCAAAUGGGUAUGGAGCAACAAUGAUUAUGGGAGCAACUUUUGGGACUUCAUCUUGGGUGAGAUAUGAAAGAAAAUAUGAGAUGGCAAUAGAAGAAUAUUGUGGAGAAGAAUUGGAGCUGUAUCUGCAAUUACAGAUGGACGAACUUGAAAUCAAAGAAAUUGGGGUCCAUGUGAUAGUAGAGAAGCCAGAUUCAUUUGAAGAGUCAGAGUGGGAGUGGGAGUGCAAUAAUGACAUUGUUAACCAAAGAAUAUCAUCUUCUGUGGACGUUGAAGAGGAGGAUGAGAUUGACAGCCAAGAGUCGGAGUGGGAAUGGGAUCAUGACAUUGAGAAGCUGCAAGGAACAACAUCUUCUGGUGAUGUUGAAGAGAGGGAUGAGAUUGACAGCCAAAGUGGAACAGAUAGAGUGAUACUUAAACUAUAUCAUCGUCGUCUUCAUCAUCCCCUUUUGGGUUCAAUUGCAUCCUCUACCAGGGAGCAGUGGAUAACUUAUUUACUAAAGAUGUUGCCAGCAGAAUUUGUAUCCUUUGUGAUAUAUUUAAAUCGCCCUUUGACCUGA